AUGUCAUUGUCGAAGCGAAGUAUCUGGAGCGACUUUUACGGCCUACAUGAAAGACGUACGGCACUCUCCCACAAAUUGCCUCCACGUUUCCUGGUUCCUUCUUUCACUCUCUCGAUUUCUUUCCCGUUUCCUCUUUCCAUUGACGUUCUUUUUCUCUUUCCACAUCAUUUAUUUCGCCUAAUUCUCCCUCCUCCUCCCCCUUCCAAUCCUUCCCGCUUUUUUUUUCUUUCUCUUUCACCUUUAUCUUCAUCCUUGACAUCUCUCCGGACGUCCGGAAUAAUUUGCUGGUCACUCAGCCGCUCGGCUCGACAUGGUCAGUGUCUUGUCACAUUUGUCAGACUAAUGAAACCCUCAUGCCAUUCUACACAGGACCCACCCCCCUUGUCUGUUCCUACCACACGUUUCUCUUCCACCUCGCCAAUCUCUCUUGCUUCGAAAGGUGACUCGCUUAUUCGUCUCGACUGA